AUGUCGGCCCGAUCCGGCAAAAAUGGACUCACAUUCCAGAGUCGCUUCACGGCGGACGAGGAGAAUACGACCCGGGGAUCGGGGGUAUCAAAUGAUGGCUUGGAAGAGCCGUUGAAAAGAAAACUGCAGUCGCGACAUCUGCAAAUGAUCGCAAUCGGGGGUGAGCUACCAGAACGCAAUUUCCUUUCCGAUCGGUCGCUAACCGAAGCAGGAAUUAUUGGACCGGGAUUGCUGGUCGGUUCCGGAAAUGCGCUCAACAAAGGUGGUCCGGCAGGAUGCUUGAUCAGUUUUGCUUUGGUCGGCAUUAUUGUGUUUUUUGUCAUGUAA